AUGCAGAGCCUUCGAUCCGUUAUCAUGCAGGCAACGUGCGGUGGAAGAUGGGUUUUGCCUCGCCGUAAUUUCUCUUCGUCCUGCUGCUGCAUUUGCAAAGAGUCAUGUGUGAUUGAAGCACUGAAGAGACGUAAAGUGGAGAGACCUAGCGAGUCUCUCGAAGAUACCUGGGGAUAUUAUGCCGCUGGAGCUAUGCUCUACGUUGGUUCUGCAUUAGUCUACAGACGAUUUAUUCAGCUGGAGUUAGAUGAGUGGGAAAGCUGUCUCCAGGUUUAUUCCAAUUGGCAAAAUACAAGAUAUGCAGCUACCAUUAACGACAUUCCAUUCCACCUCAAUGUUUCUCUUCUCAAGGGGAAUCCAAAUAUAAAGGCAAUACAUUCAUCUAAAGCAGUAGGCGAGCCACCGUUCUUUCUUGCAUCAUCUGUCUUCUUUGCCAUAAAAGAAGCAAUCAAAGCGGCUAGAACCGAAGUGGGUCUCACUGACUGGUUUCCUCUGGAGACUCCAGCCACUCCAGAGCGUAUCAGAAUGGAAGAAAGAGAGAGUGAGAGAGAUAACAGUUUAACAGGUGAAGAAACGAGAGCCUUUAAUUAG